GGCGCGCGCGCAUGGCUGGCCCCGGGACCGAGCGGCGCGCGCCCUCCCGCAGGUCGGCUCGGUGCGCGCGCGGCCCGCCAGGCCACGCGCCGGGCGGCGGUGCGCGGGGACCCCCAGGUUUCGCCUGUGCAAGCCUCCGAGGACCUUCUGCUGGAGGCCGACGUCAGGGGGCGCCAAGGAGCCGGGGGGAACCCGGGCUCCCGCCUCCCUGAGCCCGCCCGGAGGCUGGGGCUCGGAGGAUGCAGCAGGGAGAAGGAAAAACCGCAUGCAGAGCAGCAGCACCUACAUGGGCGUUUCAGCCUUCGAUGGUUUCAGAAAGCCUUGGCUGACUAAUUGAGAAAAUGCAGAAGAUCUUGCAGACAGAUGACAUCACCGACAACCAAGUUCUUAGAAAAAGAAAGAGGAAGCGGACAGAGACAGUGAACUCAGAAAACGCAAAUAGUGCCCCGGAUAAAGCACAGAGAGACCCGUAUUCAGGAAAUGCCUUCCUGCCUGGGGAGAGUUCCAGCGAUGAGGAAACACCCUUAACGGAACUGUCCAAGGAGGAACUUUGUAACAAAAUCGAAAGCCUGAAAGAAAAACUAAGAAGCAUUCGGAAGGAGAACAGCCGGCUUAGGCAGUCUUUGGUCAUGCUGCAAGUGUUACCGCAGGCAGUCACCCAGUUUGAAGAACUGGUUGGAAUGGCAGAGACCCUCCUUAAGAGUGGAGGAGCUAUGUCCACACCAGCGUCUACCCUCUGGAGAGCAACAAACAACUCCUCUCCAGAUUCGUUUGCCUCUCUGUGCAGUAAUUCCAACUCCACUUCCAGCUCCCCGAGUUCCGUGAAGGCUGACGAAGAGCAGCAUCCUGGUGAGAAGCAGUUCACGAUUGAGAGAUGGCAGAUUGCCCGUUGUAAUAAGAGCAAGCCUCAGAAAUUUAUUAAUGAUUUAAUGCAAGUACUUUACACAAAUGAAUACAUGGCCACACACAGUCUGACUGGGGCAAAAUCCUCUACUUCAAGGGACAAGGUUGUAAAACCAGCUAUGAAUCAGAAUGAAGUUCAAGAAAUCAUAGGAGUAACGAAGCAGGUGUUUCCCAGCGCAGACGACGUCUCAAUCAGACGGAUGAUAGGACAGAAGCUGAAUAACUGCACGAAGAAGCCGAACGUGAGCAGAGCUCCUAACUCUCAGGAUAUUAAAUAGAUCCUGAUGGUAUCUUAAAAUAAAUUGGAUUUUGCGGGAGAACCUGAGACACAUCAAGGACUGGCUGUAGUGGCCAUGGCUUCCCUGGUGGAGCACCUGACUGGCUGAAGAAGCUGCAUGCAGAGCCCUUACUAAUUAACCAGAGAAUGUCUGUCAAACAAGCAUGCGAUAUGGUUUCUUUGGAAAUAUGCAUCUUUCUCCGCCCCAAAUACUUCCCUGUAAACUAACUUAAGAUGAUAUCAGCUCUUAUCAUAGCAACAAAAACAUCCACCCUCCAGAUCAGUUGUUGUCUUCAACAAACAUCUCCAAUUAUUACUAUCAGUGACUCCUCGUUAUGGCUUUUGUUUGGUGGGGAAGGGCUUUAGCAAGCUCAGGUUUGGUAAAAAUACAAUUGAAGUAAUACACGUCUACCAAUACAAAAGGAAUAGAGCAAGCCUAAGCGAUGAUAACUAUGUUUAACCAAGUAAUGAUGACUUAACAUUAAAGCGAUUGAGUUACUCUGUGAUCUAAAAAUGUGUGAAAUAGGAUGAUGGGGAAAAAACAAAAUCAUAAAUGCCUUUUCCAUAUUCAGUUAUUCCAACACACUCCUGAAAGUCUAAAAUCCCAUCUUUGUUUGUUAAUUCUAUGCACUGAUUUUUAUAAUAGUCUCCUAGUCUGUGAGGAAAACACAGCGCUCAAUAUCCAUUGUCCAGAACAUACUAGGUUCAGAUGUGUAACAGCAAACCUAUCACCUAAGCGCACGUAGGACAUGACAUCAUGCCUGAUCAGCCGUGAUGCUAAACGACUUAAUUUUAACCUGUUUAUUUCAACUGUAGCAGAAGAAAAAUUAACUGAAAAAAAAUUAGUGCCAAUUUAAUGAUGGCAUGGAAAAUGCCAUUUUGUAAAUCAACCAAAAAUAAAAUAUUCUUCAAAGACUUUUCACUUGAUAAAAGAUCCCCCGACUACAAUGAGACUACAGUGAGACUUUCUUUGCAAUGAGAAGCUAUGCCUUUCUCUUUUUCCUCCCCCUGAGACAGGGUUUCUCUUUGUAGCCCUGGUUAUCCUGGAACUCGCUCUGUAGACCAGGCUAGGCUCACACUCAGAGAUCCAUUUGCUUCUGCCUCCAGAGUUGUGGGAUUAAUGGUGUGCAUCACCACUGCCCAGUGAACUAUGCUUCUUGAGUGUGUAAUGUGAAGCUUGGGAGGGGAUUUCUGAAGUGCAGUGCAGAGGACCCAGGGACUACUCCGUGAAGGCUGCUUGAUUUAACAGGUCAGGUGUACAAAACAAAUACUCACAAUGAAGCAAAUUGUGUAACAUUUGCUACUUUUAAUUAAAUAAAAUUUAACUCCAUUGAAAACUAA